ACGUUUCUUCCACACAAGUCUCCUAAACCAGUUCAAGUCUCUCAACAGUGUCCUCCUCUUCCAUCUCACUUCCAAAUCGUUGAUCUUCUUACACUUUCUGUUUGUUUCUCUAGAAAAUCCAAAUAUUUCAAUCCUUUCUGCUGUGUUACUAUGGCGACCCAGAAACCCCAGAGAUCACCGGAAGAGAUUGAGGACAUAAUCCUCCGCAAAAUCUUCUUUGUAACGCUCACAGAAAACCCAGAAGUCACUGCCUCCGAUCGGUGCGUCGUCUACCUCGAGAUGACAGCUGCUGAACUCCUCAGCGAAAGCAAAAGCCUUAGACUUUCUAGGGAUUUGAUGGAAAGGGUUCUCAUUGAUCGACUCUCUGGAGACUUUCCCAACGCGGAGCCUCCUUUUGAGUAUCUUUUGGGGUGCUAUCGACGUGCCCAUGAAGAAUCGAGGAAAAUCUCCAACAUGAAGGAUAGAACAGUGCGUGCUGAGAUGGAGUCUGUCACCAGGCAGGCUAAGAAACUAUCAGUUUCUUAUUGCAAGAUCCAUCUGGGGAAUCCCGAAUUGUUUAAUUCGGGAAAUUCAGCGAAUACGAACUCUAACAAUGCGUCUUCUUCGCGGUCGCCUCUGUUGCCAUUGAUUUUCUCCGAGGUUUCCAGUGGAGUGAUUGAUGGGUUCGGUGGCAGUGUGGGCGGCAGUGGGGUGCAGUGUCCGCCGGGGUUUUUGGAGGAAUUCUUUAGAGACUCAGAUUUCGAUAGCUUGGACCCGAUUUUGAAAGGGUUAUAUGAGGAUUUGAGGGGUAGCGUCUUGAAUGUUUCAGCCUUGGGGAACUUCCAGCAGCCGUUGAGGGCAUUACUAUUUCUGGUUAGCUUCCCAGCUGGUGCAAAGAGUUUAGUAAGUCAUCGAUGGUGGAUUCCAAAAGAGUUGUACAUGAAUGGUCGUGCUAUUGAAAUGACUAGCAUUUUGGGUCCAUUCUUUCAUGUUAGUGCUUUGCCUGAUCAAACUACUUUCAAGAGCCUGCCUGAUGUGGGCCUGCAGUGCUUUGCAGAAGGAUCCCGUCAAAGACCAGCUGAUUUGCUUUCUUCAUUCACCACAAUCAAGACUGUCAUGAACAACCUAUAUGAUGGCCUGGGAAAAGUGCUCAUGUCUCUUCUUAAAAAUAGUGAAACCCGAGAGAAUGUCCUUGAGUAUGUUGCUGAGGUUAUCAACAAAAACUUAUCCAGGGCCCAUCUACAGGUUGAUCCUCUAUCUUGUGCAAGUUCAGGCAUGUUCAUCAAUCUCAGUGCUGUUAUGCUUCAACUUUGUGAGCCAUUUUUAGAUGUAAAUUUCUCAAAAAGAGACAAAAUUGACCCGAAAUAUGUGUUCUAUGGUAAUCGUUUAGAUAUGAGGGAGCUCACUGCUUUAUUUGCAACAUCAGAAGAAGUUACUCAAUGGAUUAACAAAAAUAAUCCAGUGAAGACUGACCAAUCUAGUCAAUGCAGCAAUAGUGAAGAUCAUUUGCUUCCAUCUCUUGAAGCUACCAGUUGUGGAAGCAAUGCUUCUGGGCUUGCUCUCCACAAUCUGAAGCAAUUAUCGACUAGUGGACAAAAAACUAAAUACCAUUUUAUUUGUGAAUGCUUCUUCAUGACUGCUAGGGUGCUUAACCUGGGCCUAUUAAAAGCUUUUUCUGAUUACAAGCAUGUUGUUCAGGAGAUUUCAAGAUUUGAAGAUGCUCUCUCCACAUUAAAAGCCAUGAAAGGGCAAGCACCUGCUACCCGACUCCAGCUGGAAAUAUCUCGACUUGAGAAAGAAAUAGAGCAAUGUAACCAGGAAAAGUUUUGUUAUGAAGCUCAGAUAUUCAGAGAUGAAGCACUUCUUCAGCGUGCACUUUCAUUCUACCGGUUAAUGAUAAUUUGGUUAGUUGAGCUGGUUGGUGGAUUUAAAAUGCCUCUGCCAUCUACUUGUCCAAUGGAAUUUGCCUGCAUGCCUGAGCAUUUUGUGGAAGAUGUCUUGGAAUUGCUUAUAUAUGGUGCUCGGAUUCCAAAAGUAUUGGAUGGGAUCCCAUUGGAUGAUUUUUUAAAUUUCAUAAUUAUGUUUAUGGCUAGUCCAAAUUAUAUUAAAAACCCCUAUCUAAGAGCAAAAAUGGUUGAAGUUUUGAAUUGCUGGAUGCCACGUGGAAGUGGUUCAUCUGCUAUGUCAACACUAUUUGAAGGGCAUCAGUUGGCUCUAGAAUAUCUUGUGAGGAAUCUUUUAAAGCUGUAUGUGGAUAUUGAGUUCACAGGCUCUCAUACACAGUUCUAUGACAAGUUUAACAUCCGCCAUAAUAUAGCAGAACUUCUUGAAUAUCUUUGGCAGGUCCCUAGUCAUCGUAAUGCUUGGAGACAGAUUGCCAAGGAAGAAGAAAAGGGUGUCUAUCUGAAUUUCUUGAACUUCCUGAUCAAUGAUAGCAUCUAUCUCCUCGAUGAAAGCCUGAACAAAAUUCUUGAACUCAAAGAAAUUGAGGCAGAGAUGUCAAACACAGCUGAAUGGGAGCGUAGGCCAGCUCAGGAGAGGCAAGAGAGAACCAGACUAUUCCGCUCCCAGGAGACUAUCAUUCGAAUUGAUAUGAAGUUGGCAAACGAGGAUGUCAGUAUGCUAGCAUUUACAUCUGAGCAAAUCACUGCACCUUUUCUUCUUCCUGAGAUGGUUGAAAGAGUAGCCAGCAUGCUUAAUUACUUUUUGUUACAGCUAGUGGGUCCUCAAAGGAAAUCUCUAAUUCUGAAAGACCCUGAAAAGUAUGAAUUUCAUCCAAAAGAGUUACUUAACCAGAUUGUCCGUAUAUAUGUUCAUCUAGCAAGAGGUGAUGAAAAGAAUGUCUUUCCCAUUGCUAUCUCUAGUGAUGGUCGAUCAUACAAUGAUCAGUUGUUUGGUGCUGCAGCAGAUGUCCUCCGGAGAAUUUGUACAGAUGUAAGGGUUGUACAAGAUUUUAUUGAGCUUGGUGCAAAGGCCAAGGCUGCAGCAUCUGAAGCAAUGGAUGCUGAGGCUGCCCUUGGAGAUAUCCCUGAUGAAUUUCUUGAUCCAAUUCAAUACACUUUAAUGAAGGAUCCAGUGACCUUACCUUCUUCAAGUAUCACAGUAGACAGGGCUGUAAUCCAGAGGCAUCUUCUAAGUGACAACACCGACCCAUUUAACCGAUCCCAUCUCACAGUGGACAUGCUGAUUCCUAACCAUGAACUGAAGGCCAGAAUUGAGGAGUUUAUCAGAUCGCAGAGAUUAAAGAGGCAUGGAGAUGAUUUAAACAGUUAAGAGUUCCAACUCACAAACCACAAUGCAACGAUAGGAGGAAAUGAUUAUUGAUUAGGUUGAAUUUCCUGAUUUCUGGGGUUGUAAAGUUUCUUAAGUUAUAGAACUAUACUUUUUUACUCAAGAAAAGGAAAGAAAUUAUUUAUUGAAUUGGAAAUAUGUACAGAAGCUUAUUUACAUAUUUUUUAGUGAAGGCAACCGGAACUAUUGGCACUCAGUUAUGGCAGUGUUUUGAGUGGUAAUCUCCUACCAAUCCUCCCUAUAAGACCGUUGGUGCCGGAUGAGCUUAAGAGGAUAAGGUGUCUGUAAUUUAUGUGAGCUUAAGUGGGUGCUGUUUCUACUUCUCCUUUCGGCAACUCAAAAGAGCUACAGAGUUGAUAAGGAUGACAAAGAAGAAUUAGCCUUAUUAAGCAAGCCAUCGUUUGUGGAAGGCACAAAGAACAGAGGAAGGGUAGUAAAGGAACGAGUUAAUCAACAAGAGAUUCUAGCACUUGCAUUUCAUGCCAUUGGAGGAUCUGUUGGUCAUUGCGGGUGGAACAAAAGAGGGAGAAAGCAGUUCAGAGAGGGAUUGCAGUGCUGGCAUGGCCACACUUGGGGAGCAAAAAGGUGAAUGCCGUAUGCAGAAGUUGUGGAGAAGGCAUAGGUUCGUAUAUGGAUAUAUGAUGGAUGAGUUGGGUUUCAGGUGGAGGGUUUGGUGAGGCAAAAAGAUAUUCAAAGAGAAGGAAAAUGAUUCUAAAACAAUCUUUUUGUACAAUUGUUUUGUACAACCUUGGGUAUCAUUUAAUAAUUAAUUCUUUUCACUCAACUAAAACAUGUGAUAUUGUAUGGAAGAUUGGUGUGAGCCAAAGGAGGAUGAGAAGUUGAGAAGGCAAAAAAUAUAGGGGGGAACAAGGUGCAAAAUUUGCUUGUGGAUCUUCCAAUCGUAUGAUCAAGCAAUAAAACGUCUUAUAAGGU